UGUCUCCGUCUCUCCCUCUCUCCACAACACAAUCGCGCAGUGCAGUGUCCGUGUGGAAACGCCGAAGCCAAUGGGAUGAAGAUCCGAUAAUAGAUGCAAAUUAUCCUGAAAAGACACUGCAAAAUAUGAAACAACUCAUUUGCGGCUGAGUAAAUCACGGAAAACUGUUUAUGAACUGGCAACCCUUACUGGAAUUGUAAUGCGGUAGAGCCGAGUGGUGGCGAUUUUAUGGAAGUCGACAAUGAUAGUGGCUUGAAAAUUUAAAAGGAGUUCUUAAAAAAAAGGCAUUCUUGGGAUUCCCUGAGUGUUGGCGCCGCAAUCCCGAGAAACGCUGAUUUAUUUAUUUAUUUUUUUGGGGGGUUAUAUGAGAAACUCCGGCUCCUAAACAACAACAACAACAACAACAACAACAACAACAAAAGACACAGCAACAGCGGCCAACAACGUACAAAAAAACAUGAGCUCUUAUUUUGUCAACUCUCUUUUCUCCAAAUAUAAAAGCGGCGAUUCCUUACGUCCUAAUUAUUACGAGUGUGGUUUCACGCAGGAACUGGGGAACAGACCCACUGUAGUCUAUGGACCCGGUACCGGUGGAACUUUCCAACAUCCAACUCAGAUUCAGGAGUUUUAUCACCACGGCGCGUCCACGCUCUCCGCCACCCCUUACCAGCAGAGCCCGUGUGCCGUGACCUGUCACGGGGAGCCGGGGAACUUCUAUGGCUACGACGCUUUGCAAAGGCAGACGCUCUUCGGGAGCCAGGAGGCUGACCUCGUGCAGUACAGCGACUGCAAGCUGGCGGCGAGCAGCAUCGCGGACGACACGGAGAGCGCCGAGCAGAGCCCGUCUCCCACGCAACUCUUCCCCUGGAUGAGACCUCAAGCUGCCGGACGGAGGCGAGGCCGGCAGACCUACAGCCGCUACCAGACGCUGGAGCUGGAGAAGGAGUUCCUCUUCAACCCGUACCUGACCCGCAAGCGGCGGAUCGAGGUGUCGCACGCCCUGGGACUGACCGAGCGCCAGGUCAAGAUCUGGUUUCAGAACCGGCGGAUGAAGUGGAAAAAGGAGAACAACAAGGACAAAUUCCCCAGCAGCAAAUCGGAGCAGGAGGAAAUAGAGAAACAGAAGAAGGAGAAGGAGAAAGCGGAGGGGGAGCAGACGGCCGAGGAAGACGGGGAGAAAGAGAAACAGAUUUAGGCGAGCCCCAGAAAUGGACGAGCGGAGGAAGACAGCUAAAGGCCACCGACUGAGGCGAUACAGCGCGCCGCUUUCUCAGAGCAACACUGUAACCUUCUCGCGUUCCUUGUAUAAAAUGCUGUGGAAUAUAUAUAUAUAGGGAAACAAGAACUGGCGGAGGCGUUAUUGUAUCAAGUGUAAGAUUCGUUUGAUGAAGCGAAAACUGUUAUCCCACGGAAAGAAAUAUUUCUACUUUUUACCAGAUGUCGGAAAAAAUAUCGUAGUGUAACGAGAAACAAAAUAGCUUUCUUAUUUGUGGAAGACUUAAAUGUGAAACCUUUUUAUUGUUAGGAUAUCAUCAUUAACAAUUACAUUUGGCAGCUGUAUAGUUUUUUUUUAUUAUGUUAUAUGGUGCACUUUUUUAUCGUUCUCAUUCAUGGUAUUCUAAUAACGUAGCAAAUAAUGAAUUCCCAACAACAUGAAACUGCCUAUUUAUGCUGUAGGUUAUUCUGUUUUUUUUUAUGUUCUGUCCUUCGAUUAGUCUGUUUUAAUUAAUAAUAUUUUGUUGUUCUUGUUUGGUUUUUUUUUUCAAGUUUGGGACUAAGCAUGCGCACAGUGCAUAAUAGUAAUUGAACAGACUGUAAGGUGAUCUUUCGUUAACUGUGAACCAGAAUGUAUACUGUACUCGUGAAUUAGUUUAUGGAGGCCUGGUGACUCGCUUGAUUGUUCUUCACUGCUCUGUUCUAUUGUCAAAGCCUGGAGGCUGCGGAAGAGAAGGACACAAUAAAGUUUACAAGCGAAAUCCCGUG